GUAGCUACCCAUCGAAGGCGGAGAUACUUUGCAUGGCAAGUACUUAUCAUCUGUUCUCACUUCGUACUUGCUGCUAUGAGGCGAUAUUUUGUUCGAUCGGCUUUCCCUCAAUGAGUCCUUUCCGUUACCGCGGCCGCCGUCUGUCCGAUCGUAGCCGAGAUCGUCAUGGUACAUCUAGCGUUUCGUGUUGAACGAGUAACGGAAGGGCGGCCAUCCACGAGGGAAUAUCACACAUAUUUAUUGCGCUACCACGCCCAUUGCUCGUAGAGGCAAAUUUCUGUACGGUUCCGCAUUGUAGUCAAGCUCUCUGAAGGUCCUCUACUCCGCGAUGGCACUCGUGCAUCCGAAGCCGCGCUGUCUGUUCUUCGAUGUGUUUGGCACCUGCGUUGACUGGAGGAAGACGGUCACGGAGGAGCUAUGGCAGCAGACGCGGGAGGCUUUGAGCUCACCGACCAGUUCGAUCGCUAGCCGUAUCCGCAUGCUGGCUUCUGAUAUGACGUACGAGCAAUGGGGCGAAGUGGCCCAAGAGUGGCGGAACGGAUAUCUGAAGUUCACGCGAGAAGUUGCCAACAGUACGGAUCCAAGCAAGCCAUACAAGACCGUGGACGAGCAUCAUCUGGAGUCUUUACGCAACAUACUCACCCAACGAGGCCUCAUCUUCGCACGGACGGACGGCACGCCAGCGGACCUUGUGCAUGACGGUUCGCUGUGGGACGAGCAACAGAUCAAGGAGCUCAGCAUGGUCUGGCAUCGUCUCGAUCCAUGGCCGGAUACAUGUCGUGGGAUCCAGGAGUUGAACCGUCAAUUCUACACUUGUACUCUGAGCAACGGCAACUUGACGCUGUUGAAGGAUAUGGUGGCGCAUGCGAAGAUGGAGUUCACGCACGUCUAUUCGGCCGAGAUGUUUCAGUCGUACAAGCCCAGUCCGAAGGUCUACUUGGGCGCGGCGGAGAAGAUGGGUUUGAGGCCAGAGGAGUGCGCCAUGGUGGCAGCGCAUCUGGACGAUCUGAAGGCGGCGAAGUCGAAUGGAUUUCGAACGAUCUACAUUGAGCGACCGCAGGAGGAGCGGCACCCUGAACUGGGUGGUGAGGCGGACCUUGUGGACAUCUGGGUGAAGGAGGGUGAGAUGGGAUUUGUAACCGCGGCGGAGAGGCUGGGUAUUUCAAUCUCUGAGCAUGCUACGUAACUUUCUAAUGUACGUCGAACUGUCAAUCUCAACGCAUCUGCUUGCGCC